CCUCAGACUGAGGAGACCAGCGCCUAUGUGAGGUUCCUGAAGACACUCAGAGAAAUGGUAACUACUCCCUAGCGGUGGUUUUGUGUGGGCUGCCUGGGAAAGUCUGCGGAGAGGGAGAGGGGGGACAAGCCGAGCCGGAGACGAGAGAUCAUGGCGGCACCUCUCGGACGGGACACCCUACCUGACCACUGGUCGUAUGGAGUUUGUAGAGACGGACGGGUCUUCUUUAUUAAUGAUAAAACUCAAAGCACCACUUGGCUACAUCCACGCACGGGUGAACCUGUUAACUCGGGACACAUGAUACGGUCAGAUUUGCCAAGAGGAUGGGAAGAGGGUUUCACGGACGAAGGAGCCAGCUACUUCAUCAAUCACACCCUGAGGGCUACAUCAUUUCGGCACCCUGUGACCGGACAGAUAUCCCCUGAAAACACAGAAUACACACUACAAGACAGGAUAGAAGCCCGUAUGUCCAAGUCAGCGGCCAAUCAGAGAUCCCCGAGCAUGGUCACAGAGUCCUCCAAGCCUGUGACCUCAGCAGCAGUGGAUGCCACCUCAGGGUCAAAGGGCUCCAGAGGUACAGGGAAAGUACACAGUUUUGGCAAGAGGGAUCAUGCUAUUAAAAGAAACCUCAACAUCCCAGUGGUGGUGAGAGGCUGGCUCUAUAAACAGGACAGCUCUGGAAUGCGACUGUGGAAAAGGAAGUGGUUUGUUUUGUCAGACUACUGCUUGUUUUACUACAAAGACAGCCGAGAGGAGACGGUGCUCGGAAGCAUUCCUCUGCCAAGUUAUGUCAUUGCACCAGUUGAGCCUGAUGACCACAUAAACCGCAAAUACGCUUUCAAGGCGAGCCAUACAGGAAUGCGCUCCUACAUUUACAAUAAGAACUCUGUGAUUGGCUCACAGGCAGAACACUGCGGGAUGCGGACAUAUUUCUUCAGUGCGGACACACAGGAGGACAUGAAUGGCUGGAUCCGGGCCAUGAACCAGGCUGCGCUGAUGCAGCAGAGUCACACUAUAAAGAGAGAGGUGGAGAACCCAAAGAAGGCUGUGCAGCAGGCUGUCCCACAGACCAACCAUGUCCACUUCAACCAGAACUCAUCUCAGUCCGAAAGCCUUCGCAGGGCAGACCGAGAGGAACCUCCGGAUAAUGGUACCCAACUGGCUCACGGGGAUGAGGUGAGGUAUGGAUUAGAGAUCCAAGGGAGACCAAGCCAGUCAGCCACUGCAGAGGAGAGAGCAGAGAGACUCUCCCCAGACUCUGUGGAUGGUGCCGCCCACAAGAACGGACAGCAAACUGUCAUCCAAGUGGCUCUGCCACCAGAGCAGAAUGGGAAUCUCGUCUAUCAGAGGGGCUUUGUUUCGCGGGCAGACACUGAGAAACAUGUACAGAGGAGGAAUACACUGGCUCAGGUGGAGCAGUGGGUCAAAGUUCAAAAAGGAGACCCACCAAAGAGUGCUCCCUCUGCUGAGUACAACCUCCCUCGGCGGACUCCUCCAUUAAAGCCCAAAGCCAACACAGCGGAUGCCACCUAUCAGUCGUUGCCAAAGUCUCCCCGUCUCCCAUCUGGCAGCAACUCUCCUCCAGCAUCAUGCAACCUGCCCAGUGACUACAAGUACGCCCAUGACCGGCUUAGCCACUUCCGCAUGUCCACCGAUGAGCGCAUGGCCACCAAGGAGGGGAUGGUGUGGCAGCUGUACGAGUGGCAACAGCGGCAACAGUUCCGUCACGGCAGCCCCACCGCUCCUAUCUACACCGGCCCUAACUUCACAGACUCCUCAUCUUUUAGAGUUACAGUGGAGAUGCCACGAUCCAUCUCUGUCCCUCCGUCCCCUUGUGAAGUCCCACCAUCAGUACCCUCCUCUUUCAAACCCCUGUCCCCUCGCAGGCCUCACACUCCUUCAGACAGACGCACAGUAAGGCCCCUGGACGAAGUGGCAACUGGGGACAGCACAAGAUCCAGCUCCCCCGGCCAUAUUUGUGCCCAUCUCUCUCAGACUUCCCAAAUAGAAAGAAGGUCGAUGCCAGCCAUGGGCUACAUCACACACACUGUCAGUGCACCCAGCUUGCAUGGAAAAACGGCUGAUGAUACUUACAUACAACUGAAGAAGGACCUGGAGUAUCUAGAUCUGAAGAUCCAAAGUAUUGACCCGAUGACCGUUUCAGUACACAAUGUGUUUGAAAACUCCACUCCACAGAGUUUUGGGUACUGUUGGAAUGUGACUGGACGUGAGAGUUUAAAAACAGAAAGACCAUCAAGGCCUGUGAAAAUAGCAGAAAGUGAUGCUGAUGUAAAAUUAAGUCGACUGUGUGAACAAGACAAGAUUCUACAGGAGCUUGAGGCCAGGAUACGCAAUUUGAAGGAAGACAAGGACAAGCUAGAGUCAGUGCUGGAUGUUUCCCACCAGCAGAUGGAGCAGUACAGAGAUCAGCCCGCCCACGCUGAGAAGAUUGCCUAUCAGCAAAAAUUACUACAAGAGGAUGUGGUGCACAUCAGGGCUGAAAUAUCUCAAGUCUCCACAGAGAUGGAGAACGCCUGGAAUGAGUACAGCCGGCUGGAGAGAGAUGUGGACUGGCUAAAGUCGGCCCUGCAGGGACAGAUGAACCGAAGCGAUCUCUCUCAGCAAGACAAGGGUCAGAUCAGAAAGGAGCUGUGGAGGAUUGAGGAUGUUAUCGCAGGCCUCAGCACCAGUAAAGCCAACUACAAAGUCACUAUCUCCUCUGUUACCAACCCAGAGAGGAAAUUUGUGCCUUCAGUGUCAGCGUCAUCAGUGCCUUCAGUGUCUGGGAGCCCGUCUGCUAUGGAGAUAAGACUGUCCCAGCAGCCGCAGCAGCACAGCCCCCACCUCAGCCCCAGUAGCCACACUCCCACCCUUUCUUCCAGCCCCAGCCAGCAGCCCUUACACCACUCCACAACCAUCACCAGUGGGUUUAGAUGGGGUGAGGAAGAUGUGCCUCCCCGACCUCCUCUACCUCAGCUCUACAGUCCCGAUGAGCAUCCCCCUGCUGUGCCCCCGUUGCCCCGGGAGACAACUGUCAUCAGACACACAUCUGUGCGUGGCCUCAAACGACAGUCAGAUGAACGCAAAAGGGACAGAGAGAUUGGGCAGUACACUAAUGGAGACAGUAAGGUGGAACUGAGGCCUUUCCUGAGCGAUCCAGAGCUCGUAGGAGCUGGAGAUGGCUCCAGCCACAUCAGUGUAGUAGCAUCUAGACAUGACGGUUACCAGACGUUACCUAGCAGAGGAGCGGCUGGCUCUUCUCUUAGGCUAAAUCAGUCUUCGAGCAUCUCCUCAUAUGUGACCAUCCGAAGAGCAGCCUCAGCUGCCGGCGUGAAGGAGAGACCAAAAAGUGCCUUGGAGCGUCUGUACUCUGGGGACCCGGCGCAGCAGCAGAGGGGGAAGAUGAGUGCCGACGAGCAGCUGGAGAGGAUGAAGAGGCACCAGAAGGCUCUUGUGCGCCAGCGCAAACGCACCCUGAGCCACGGAGACCGCCACGCCUCUUCGUCGUCCCGCUCCUCGUCAACAUGCUCACGGCCACUUUCAGCAGACUUGGGAUCAUGGAAGAGAGAGCAGGAGUUUGACCUGCAGCUGCUGGAGAGGGCUGUUCAGGGGGAGGAGGCACAGGGAGUUAGGAGCGUUCAGGGGGAGGAAAGACCUCCCGAGCACAAAGAGAGACCCCGUUCCCACUCUGACGAAUGGCUGACCCUGCGCUCUACAGCCACAACUCCUCCCACCCAUGAGAUUGACCUGGAACCACUGGACUAUGACCUUGACCUUAACAAAGAGCUUUCCAAGCCUCAGAAAGUGCUGAUCCCGGAGCGCUAUGUGGAUUCAGAGCCUGAGGAGCCCCUCAGUCCGCAGGAAGUAGAGGAUCGCCAUCGUAAGGUGGAGCGCAUCAAGAGCAUCUUGGCAAAGUCCAGUGUGCAAAACCUAGCACCAGUGACCAUGGACAAGCCAGAGGUGGGGCUGGUGGCACUUGACUCAGCUCUGCACGAGCAGGAGAGGAUCAUCACCAUGUCCUACGCUCUGGCCUCGGAGGCUUCGCUCAAGAGCAAAUUAGUCACAGUUCCACCACAGGCUAACAUCCCCACCCCUCCUUCCCCACCCCCUCUUCCACCUCCUCCUCCUCCUCCUCUUCCUCCUGCUCCUCCCGUUCCUCCUGUAUCUCUGGCGCCACCCUCUCCGCUAAGCAACGGAAUUCACUACACGUUUGUCUAAUCCGAGAAAUAAAGUAAGGCCUAACUGCAUGUCUUACUUUGCUAAUGUUUUCGAGGCCUCACUAAUCCUCUCUAACACUGUGCUACCGUGCGCUUUGCACCUCACUGCAUGCUUGCUGCUCUGUUGUGAUUGUAGGAAACACAUCUUGUUGAGGUUAGGGAAGCCCUGCCCCUGCUCCCAUUAUAAUCAAAACAAACAUCUGCAGGCAGCCGGCUCAUCCCACUGUGAUAAUUGUGUGUAAACUGUUUUCCUUUUUUUUCUUUUUGUACAACUGCCAAAAUAUUUAUGGAUGGCUGAGGGAAGAAAGGAGUCGGACUCAAACAACAUGACUGUUUGUAGCAUUGUGUGUAAUUAACAAAAGAGACACCUUUUGAUUUAGCACCUUGACAGUUCAGCAGUCAGCACAGCUGCAUUCACAGCACCAAUUAGCUCCCCAUCUGUAGGCUGGCAGCGAGAAGUCAGAAAAAAACAGCAGAUAUCACUGUUGGUACUGUAAACACGGAGAAAGGAUCUGUGUCAUUUAACUGCCUUAUUAAAAAAAACUCCCAUCUAUCAGCCAAUAAAGAAGAAAUACUUAAUAACUAAUUUUAGUUUAUGUAAUUCAUUUUUAUCGAUGCAUGCAUACAUAAAAUAAUCAGAUGUACAAAAAAAAAAAAGAACACAGACAGUAACAAAGUGUCCAUUUAGCUGCAUUUGACUUUGAUCUUUUGUAUCAUGCAUUGUUCAUGUUAUGUCAGAGGAAGUGAAAGCAUGAAAUGACCCCUAAGUCUACCUGGCAUGACUUGAAGAUGGAAAAAUGAAAAUUCCUUUUACAGCACAAUUUUUUACGAGUUGAUUUCACUGAAAUGCGUCUUUUGUCUCAGGGCGUCAACUGUUUCACGUAAAAGCACAUAAAUACCAGACCUUUAGCCAAACAACAAAACCAUACCACAAAUACUACAACUUUCUAAACAGAUUACAAAUAGUGGAUACAAGUUAAUCAUUCCUGUUACAUUCAGUGUU